CCCGGGGAUGGCGGAGCCGCUCUCAGGCCUCGGCGACCCGGGCGCGGCGCUGGGCUCCGCCUCGUGCGAGGCCGGCGGGACGCGGCGCCUGAGCGAGCUGCGCGUGAUCGACCUGCGCGCCGAGCUCAAGAAGCGGAACCUGGACGCGGGCGGCAACAAGAGCGCCCUCAUGGAGCGGCUCAAGAAGGCGAUUGAAGAUGAAGGGGGCAACCCGGAUGAGAUCGAAAUUCCUUCCGAGGGAAGUAAGAAGUUAAAGAGAUCCAGCAAAGGGCGGAAGCUUGAGGAAGAGGGUGUGGAAGAUAACGGCCUGGAGGAGAACUCCGGAGAUGGCCAGGAGGACGUGGAGACCAGCUUGGAGAACUUACAGGACAUCGACAUGAUGGACAUCAGUGUGCUGGACGAGGCUGAGAUCGACAACGGCAGCGUGGCCGACUGUGUGGAGGACGAUGACCCCGACACCCUCCCAGAGUCCCUGUCUGACAGUCAGGACGCCCUGGAGAGCGAGAUGCAAGAGCUUCCCGAGCGGCUUCCAGAACAUGCUGUGGAGGACAAAGAUCUAAACAAUUUAGACACGUCAUCAUCUGACUUCACCAUCUUACAGGAGAUUGAAGAGCCUUCCCUGGAGCCAGAAAAUGAGAAAAUACUCGGCAUUUUGGGGCAAACUUGUAAAUCUGAGCCAGUAAAAGAAGAAGGUUUCGAGCUGGAGCCGCCAUUGGCACAGGACACGAGUAGCGUGGGGCCAGACAGAAAGCUGGCGGAGGAAGAGGACCUUUUUGGCAGCGGCCACCCGGAGGAGGGUGACUUAGAUUUGGCCAGCGAGUCACCGGCACGAGCUCAGUGGAGCAAGGCAGACGCCCUGUUAGCGGUAGUGAAAAGGGAGCCCGUGGAGCAGACAGGCGCUGGCGAGAGGACGGACUGUGAAGCCGUAGGGCUAGACCAGCCAGUUGAGGCCCAGAGUAGUGACGCCUCCGAGCCCGCGGACGCCUCUAGCGAGGAGGCGGCGGAAACGGCCCGGGAAGCCUCGAGCCCAGAGCCCAGAGAUAGCAAAGACGACGUGAAGAAGUUUGCUUUUGAAGCUUGUAACGAAGUCCCUCCGGCUCCUAAAGAGUCCUCAGCCAGUGAGGGCGCUGAGCAGAACACGAGCUCUGUGGAAGAUGACUCGGGUCCGAAAAGGCUCUCCAAGGAGGAAAAGGGUCGUAGCAGCAGUGGCCGGAACUUCUGGGUCAGUGGCCUCUCCUCCACCACCAGAGCCACGGACCUGAAGAACCUCUUCAGCAAGUACGGGAAGGUGGUGGGCGCCAAGGUGGUGACCAAUGCCCGGAGCCCGGGAGCGCGCUGCUAUGGCUUUGUCACCAUGUCCACGGCUGAGGAGGCCACCAAAUGCAUCAGCCAUCUCCACAAGACCGAGCUCCACGGGAAGAUGAUCUCCGUGGAAAAGGCCAAAAACGAGCCGACUGGCAAGAAAGUCUCCGAGAAGAGAGAGGGCGAAGGCAAGAAGGAGAAGGCCAGCGACAGAUCCACAAAGGACAGAGUGGACCGAAGGGAUGACGCCAAGAAGGGGGACGACGGAGACAAGAGCAAAGAUCAAGACGACCUGAAGCCCGGCCCCUCGGAGCGCUCGCGCUCCACCAAGUCAGGAAGCCGAGGAACUGAGCGCACAGUGGUCAUGGACAAGUCGAAGGGCGUGCCUGUCAUCAGUGUCAAAACGUCAGGCUCCAAGGAGAGGGCUUCCAAGAGCCAGGACCGGAAGUCAGCCAGCCGAGAGAAACGCUCAGUGGUGUCCUUCGAUAAAGUCAAAGAGCCUCGGAAAUCCAGAGACUCCGAGUCCCGCAGGGUGCGGGAGCGCAGCGAGCGGGAGCAGCGCAUGCAGGCGCAGUGGGAGCGCGAGGAGCGCGAGCGGCUGGAGUUCGCGCGGGAGCGGCUGGCCUUCCACCGGCACCGGCUGGAGCGCGAGCGCAUGGAGCGGGAGCGGCUGGAGCGCGAGCGGAUGCACGUGGAGCAGGAGCGGCGGCGCGAGCAGGAGCGCAUCCACCGCGAGCGCGAGGAGCUGCGGCGCCAGCAGGAGCUGCGCUACGAGCAGGAGCGGCGGCCGGCGCUGCGGCGGCCCUACGACGUGGACGGCCGGCGCGAUGACUCCUACUGGCCCGAGGCCAAGCGGGCCGCCCUGGACGACCGCUACCACUCGGACUUCGCGCGCCAGGACCGCUUCCACGACUUCGACCACAGGGAGCGUGGCCGCUACCCGGACCACUCGGUGGACAGGAGAGAAGGCUCCCGCUCGGUGAUGGGGGACAGGGAAGGACAGCAUUAUCCCGAGCGCCACGGGGGUCCCGAGCGCCACGGGGGCCCCGAGCGCCACGGCCGAGACUCGCGGGACACCUGGGGCGGGUACGGCUCCGACAAGAGAAUCAGCGAGGGCCGGGGGAUGCCACCGCCACCCAGGGGAAGACGGGACUGGGGGGAGCACAGCCGCAGAAUGGAGGACGACCGCGCCUGGCAGGGCACCGCGGACGGGGGCAUGAUCGACAGAGACCACAAGCGCUGGCAAGGCGGCGAGAGGGGCAUGUCGGGCCACUCGGGACCAGGCCACAUGAUGAACAGAGGCGGGAUGUCCGGGCGCGGCAGCUUCGCCCCCGGCGGGGCGUCCCGGGGCCACGUCAUGCCCCGCGGCGGGAUGCAAGGUGGGUUCGGCGGGCAGAGUCGGGGCAGCCGCCCCAACGACACCCGCUUCACUCGCCGCUACUGAGUGCCCCCAGCCCGGCCUGCGACCAGAGCACGUUCUGUUAGGAGUUCUCUUAAGCCCUGUAAAAUAAUUUUUUUUUUAAUCUGCCAUAUUGUAGCUAUACAAUGUGAACUUCGUUCCUUCUUGUUUUUUUCUCCCCAUUUUUUUUUGUAAUAAAUGUGUUUCUGUUCACA